AUCAUGGCACCCAGCCAAGUCCAAAUCGCGACAUCCUCGCUCCAGCGCUUGCUCAAGGAGGAAAAGUCGUAUUUCAAAGAGCAAGAGCAACAAGAGGCGCGGAUUGCGAAAUUGGAAAACCAAGCUCCCGGCAGCACCGGUGAUAGUGACGGGAAUGAGGAGUUCCAGCUGAAACAGGAA